AUGAAUGCGUAUCAUCUUCGUAAGACUGAGGUUAUCUACGAACUUAAAAUUAGGAAUGUUGAUACCGAUGGCAACGCUAAUGAACUGAGGAAGCGUCUGACUCAAUGUUUUUCGGCUGAUACCCAGGUUGAUGAAACCGUUGUAAACUCUUUGGAUGCCGAUGCGGAAUUGGAGGAAUGCGAAGGGAAGUACCAGGACUUAUCUUCGCUAGUGAGUGAUUACGAAGGCACGAAUAAUGACAACGAGUUUUCUCGUAUUGUGGCUCGCCUUUUCAUCUGUAUCUACGAGUGGAGAGAAUUCCGAUUGGGGCAUCUUCCGAUAGUGAGCAAUCGGAAACAAGAAGAGAAAUGGAAGUUAGAAGAACUGCGACUUCGAGGACCUCAGCAGAGAACAGAAGAAAGAAUCCCGCACGAGGAAUUGAGAGGUCAAGAAAGAAGAGGACCUCCAGAGGACGACUACCUUCCCAGAUUUUCACUAACUCUAAACGACACAGGCGCUAGUUCCCGGCCCAGAUAUGUCCCAGUCUACAAGUGGGGGCUAAAGUUUGACAACUCCGGACCAAGUAUCGCUGCAUUUCUUGAGAGAGUAGAAGAACUUCGUCGGGCAAGAGGAGUCACACAUCAAGAGCUAUAUGAGUCUGCGGUUGAUUUAUUUGCCGGAUCAGCGCUUGUCUGGUACCGUGCUGCGUCUAUUCGGAUUCAGUCAUGGCAUCAGUUGACGAGGGAGCUCAAAGAAGUCUUUCAGCCUGCGGAUUAUGACAUAAGACUUCAUCAGGAAAUCUUUAACCGGCUGCAGGGAGAUAAUGAGCCGAUAGAUCUGUAUAUAGCCGCUAUGGAGGGUUUAUAUGGAAGAUUAGCAGUAGCUGUUCCUGAACCUUCUCGCUUAGCACAGAUCUAUAAUAACCUGCACCCUCAGCUGCAAGAUCGAUUGGCACUUUGCAGCAUUCAAACUCUUGAACAGUUGAGAUCCAUGGGACGUAGAGCCGAAGCGGGCCGACUAAGUAUGGUUAGAAUAAGGCCCGCAACUACAAGGGAAAAUACCCUUGAACCGGACCUUGCUUAUCACGAUCAGAACCACCCACGAAAACCUUUAUCCGGACGUGUGGCCAGCGUACAGUCUGCAAAUUCAGACCGCCAGGACCCUGUCUGCUGGAAUUGUGGAGAUAAGGGCCACCGCUUCAGGUUUUGUAGUAAACCAAAACGAAGGUUUUGUUUUGGUUGUGGAAAGGAGGACGUAUUUAAACGAGACUGUGUAAAAUGCAGCUCAAAAAAACGGGCAAGGCAAGGGGUCAGAAAGGAAGUAGGUGGUUCUGGCUCCUUGGAUACUGAGACCAUCCCGGCCAUAAACUAUGUCAUUCAUAGCCAACAAGAAGACCAUAGGCCUUAUUUGAAAGUGAGGGUGUUUGGCCGUGAAGUUACCGCCCUCUUAGACUCGGGAGCUUCCCAAACGUUUUUUGGUGGACAUGGAAUGUGGAUUUUGAAUCAGUUUCCCGCUCGCUUUCAGAGUGCCAGUGGACGUUUUGUAGAAACAGCCGACUCAACACGCCAUGAGGUCCAGGGCUUUGUCAAUCUACCCAUAACUUUACAGGGCCGUACUAAAAGUCUAAAGGUUUGCAUUGUACCAUCACUGCAGCAUACCUUAAUCCUAGGCAUCGACUUCUGGGAAAUAAUGCACAUUGUUGCGGAUGUGCGCAAUCGGAAGUGGGACUUUGCAACGAAGAGUGUGGAUUUAUUUUGUGGUUAUGUUGAGGGAAUCACAUCGGAAGACAAUCUAACUCUAGCAGAGAGAAAACGGCUACAAGAUCUUCUCGAGGAGCAUUUCGAGGAUGAGCCAUCAACAUUGGGUAGAACAUACCGUGUGAAGCACGUCAUUGACACUGGGGGUGUGCCACCAAUCAAACAGCGGUACUACAAUGUAUCCCCUGCUCGUCAAAAACUCAUCAAUGAGGAGCUAGACCGCAUGUUGCAGUUAGGGGUUGUAGAGCCUUCACAAAGCGCCUGGUCCUCGCCAAUUAUGUUACUGGAUAAACCUGAUGGCAGUAAAAGGUUUGUUGUGGACUUCAGGGCGGUGAAUGCAGUGAGCCGAAAGGACGCCUACCCUCUACCACAGGUGACCGCUAUCCUGGAUAGAUUGAGAGAUGCUCGAUUCUUAUCUAGCCUGGACAUUAAGAGCGCCUAUUGGCAAAUUGAACUAGACGAGGCAAGUAAGGAGAAGACCGCGUUUGCAAUACCGGGUCGUGGCUUAUACCAGUUCGUCACGAUGCCCUUUGGUCUGUGCGGAGCUCCCGCAACAUGGCAGCGCUUCGUUGACACAGUCUUGGGACCAGAGCUGGAGCCGAAUGUCUUCGUCUAUCUAGACGACAUUAUAGUUGUGACAUCUACAUUUGAGUCCCAUCUGAAAACCUUGAAAGAGAUAUUUAGAAGAGUUCGUGAAGCAAAGCUCACCCUCAAUAGAGAAAAGUGCAAGUUUUGCAGGAGAGAACUGAAGUACCUGGGCUACAUUGUCAGUGGGGAGGGUUUGCGAGUCGACCCUGAAAAGGUAAAGGCGAUUGUGGAUAUCCCAAUCCCCCGGAACCAAAAGGAGGUUCGUCAAUUUACUGGAAUGGCCUCGUGGUACAGACGCUUCAUUCCCAACUUCGCGUCACGUAUGACUCCUUUGACUUCCUUACUGAAACGGAGAAAUCAGUUCGAAUGGACUCCAGAAGCCGAGAUGGCCUUCCAGGACGUAAAAUACUGCCUUAUUAGCGCUCCAAUAUUAUCCUGUCCAGACUUUUCGAAGCCUUUCACAAUCUCCUGUGACGCCUCAGGCGUGGGGAUCGGCGCUGUUCUUAGCCAAGACAGUGAGCAAGGAGAAAGUGUUGUUGCCUAUGCCAGCCGCACAUUAACUCGGCAAGAGCAGAACUUCUCGGCCACUGAAAGGGAGUGCCUUGCGGUGAUCUUUGCUGUGGAGAAAUUCCGGCCUUACGUGGAAGGAACCAGGUUCACGGUCGUGACAGACCACUAUAGUUUGCUUUGGCUAAGUAACUUGAAGGACCCGACAGGACGUCUGGCUCGUUGGGCUUUGCGAUUGCAGCCCUAUGAUUUUCACCUAGUACACCGUAAGGGGCAAGAGAACGUUGUGCCAGAUCUUCUCUCUCGGACCACUCCACCGAUAUCGACUGAUCCCUCUCAUCCAGACGUGAUUCAUUGUGACUUGAUUGAGAUACCAGCUACAAUACAGGACCAGUGGUACAAAGGAAUGUUGGAAAAGGUUAAAAUGGGCCCUCAAAAAUAUUCCAAACUAGCACCACGCUAUGUUGGACCCUACGUAAUAGUUGAACAGGUAUCUCCUCUGAUCUAUAAGCUGGCGGACAUGGACGGCAAGAAGAUAGGCCAGUGGCAUGUGUCGGACUUUAAGAAAUUUCGGCAGUGA